GCACUGAUUUCACCAAGAUGUCUGAGAAACAUGUUUCAAUUCUGCUGUUGCUGCUACAGCUGAGUUGUUGCUUCAGAACUGGGAGCUGUGGAAAGGUGCUGGUGUGGCCCGUGGAUUAUAGUCACUGGAUGAAUUUAAAUGUAAUCCUGGAUGAACUUGUCCGGAGAGGUCAUGAGGUGAUUGUUCUGAGAAAUUCAGCUUCCAUUUUCAUUGAUCCAAGCAAACAAACUAAUAUUAAAUUUGAAACUUUUCCUAUUACUGCCACUAAAGAUGACCUGAUAGAUUUUUUCGUACACUUUGCUAGCACAUGGACAAAUGCACGCCAGAACUCACAAUGGGAAUAUUUUUCACUACUGCAAAAGCUCUUUUCAGAAUAUUCUGACAAUUGUGAAAAUGUCUGUAAAGAAGUAGUUUUCAACAAGACACUCAUGACAAAGCUACAAGAGUCAAGAUUUGACAUCCUUCUUUCAGAUGCUGUUGGUCCUUGUGGUGAGCUACUGGCCGAGCUGCUUAAAAUACCCUUUGUGUACAGUCUUCGCUUCACUCCUGGCUACACUAUGGAAAAAUACAGUGGAGGACUUUUAGUGCCCCCUUCCUAUGUUCCUAUUAUUCUUUCUGAUUUAAGUGGGAAAAUGACAUUCAUGGAGAGGGUAAACAAUAUGCUAUGUAUGCUUUAUUUUGACUUCUGGUUUCAAAUGUUUAAUAAGAAGAGGUGGGGCCAAUUUUAUAGUGAAGUACUAGGAAGACCUGUUACAUUCUCAGAGCUAGUGGGGAAAGCUGACAUGUGGCUCAUUCGAAGCUACUGGGACUUGGAGUUUCCUCGCCCAACCUUACCAAAUAUUCAUUUUGUUGGAGGGCUCCACUGCAAACCUGCCAAACCUCUGCCCAAGGAAAUGGAAGAGUUUGUGCAGAGCUCUGGGGAAGAGGGAGUGGUGGUGUUUUCCCUGGGGUCCAUGGUCAGCAACAUGACAGAAGAAAGGGCCAAUGAGAUCGCAUCAGCCUUUGCCCAGCUGCCACAAAAGGUCAUAUGGAGAUUUGACGGUCAGAAACCAGAGACAUUAGGACCCAACACUCGGAUCUAUGACUGGAUCCCCCAGAAUGAUCUUCUUGGUCAUCCAAAAACCAAAGCUUUUGUAACUCAUGGUGGAGCCAAUGGCAUCUAUGAGGCAAUCUACCACGGUAUCCCUAUGGUGGGCCUUCCUUUUUUUGGGGAGCAACCUGAUAACCUUGCCCAUAUGACGGCCAAGGGGGCAGCCAUUAGGCUGAACUGGAAAACAAUGUCAAGUGCAGAUUUGCUGAAUGCCUUGAAGACAGUCAUUAAUGACCCCUCCUAUAAAGAGAAUGUCAUGACAUUAUCCAGUAUUCACCAUGAUCAGCCCAUGAAGCCGCUGGAUCGAGCAGUCUUCUGGAUCGAGUAUGUCAUGCGGCACAAAGGAGCAAAACACCUUAGGGUUGCAGCCCAUGACCUCACCUGGUUCCAGUACCACUCUUUGGAUGUGAUUGGGUUCCUGGUGUCCUGUGCAGCAUUUCUGCUUUUUCUUGUCAUAAAAAGCUAUUUGUUUGUUUAUCAAAAGCUUGUUAAGAUAGGAAAGAAGCAAAAGAGGGAUUAGAGCUCUUUACACCUGUGCGUGUCAGGUAAAUCAGACUGCUCCAUUUAAUUCAAGCACUUUGGAUCAAAAUGUGACAAGUGACA